AUGGCUUUGGUAUCGCAGCUGCUCAAGCACUUGGUCGUGGCUCGUUGUGGCCAUGCCGACGGCCGUGCACCUGUUCCGUGGCGUAAGACGGUCCUCUCUCGGGGCACGCACGGAAAGCCAGUCUACUAUGUUGACCCCAGCAGCAGAGCGCAGCCAGUCGUCUUCAACGUCAGCCACCAGGCCGGCCUUGUGGUGCUGGUUGCUGUGUUCGGCGGUGACGACCUGGGGGGCAUUGACGUGGGCAUCGAUGUCGUGUCCCCGACGGAGCGCCGCACGCGCGACUUGCAAAUGAUUGCGGACGCAAAUGCUACGUCCCCGUCCUCCGGCUGGCCGCAUUUUGUGGAUGUGCACGCCGACGUCCUCGCGCGCAGCGAAGUGCGCUUCCUCGAGAAUCUGGCGACCCGUGACGACGGCGAGCUGCUGCGGGCGUUUUAUGCGUUGUGGUGCCUGCGUGAAGCCUAUGUCAAGAUGACCGGCGAGGCUCUCCUGGCAGAAUGGCUCGCCGAACUCGAGUUCCAUGCGUUCCAAGUUCCCAAAGCUCCUGGCCCAGCAAAAGGUCCUCUGUUCCAGGGCGACAUGGUGACAAAGCAUGACAUCCAGUUCCGCGGUGCGGCCGUCGGCGACCAAGUCAACGUGUGCUUGCGCAGCGUCGGCGUCGACUACAUGGUGUGCACAGCGGUACGUUCCAGGCCGGCCGAGACAGCGCUGGCGCUGCCCACGACUGACGCGUUCGAGGUGUUGCAAAUGGACGACAUUCUGGACUUUGCGGAGCGACAUGGAUGA